AUGGCUUUAUCCGGAAAGUUAAUUGGUUAUGUAGAGAUUAGUAAAAAGGGAGAUGUCUUCCAUGAUCUCUUUACGCACAACCCCAACGAGAUAGCUGUCAUAUCUCCUGACAAGAUUCAUGCCUGUGAACUGGUUGAUGGUGAUCGAGGGACUGUUGGAUCUCUCGUCCAUUGGCACUACAGUCAUGAGGGAAAGAAGAAAAUUGAUAAAGCAGUAAUCGAAGCUGUGAAUGAGGAAAACCAUAUGAUCGUGUUCAAUUUAGUUGGAGGAGAUCUAGUGGAUGAUAAAUUCAAGACCAUGAAAGUCAUACUGCAUACUGAGAAAAAAGGUGAUGCACAGGUGAUUACUUUAACACUUGAGUUUGAGAAGCUUGACACAAGUGUACCCUAUCCAACUUCUUUUAUGGACUGGUUUUGCCAUAUGCUCAAGGAUAUAGAUGCCCAUGGCAAAACUGAGUAG